GCCCCGCCCCGCUCCCCCUCCGCGCUGCCAGCCCGCAACCGGUACGGGGAGCGGCGGGAGCGGUGCCACCGGGAUGCGGCGCGGACCAGCACCGGCCGCGGAGCCGGGUCCGCGGCGGCUGCUGCUGCUGCUGCUGGCGGCCGCGCUGGCAGCUCCGUGCUGCGCCGCGGCGGGGGACGGCGGACGGCGGCGGGCCGCCAGCCUGGGCGAGAUGCUGCGGGAGGUGGAGGCGCUGAUGGAGGACACGCAGCACAAGCUGCGCAACGCCGUGCAGGAGAUGGAAGCUGAAGAGGAAGGAGCAAAAAAACUAUCAGAAGUAAACUUUGAAAACUUGCCUCCCACCUACCAUAACGAGUCCAACACAGAAACCAGAAUUGGUAAUAAAACUGUUCAGACUCAUCAAGAAAUUGAUAAGGUUACAGAUAACAAAACUGGAUCAACAAUUUAUUCUGAGACAGUUAUUACAUCUAUAAAAGAUGGAGAAAACAAAAGAAAUCAUGAGUGUAUCAUUGAUGAAGACUGUGAAGCAGGGAAAUAUUGCCAGUUCUCCACUUUUGAAUACAAGUGUCAGCUCUGUAAAACCCAACAUGAACAUUGCUCACGGGAUGUUGAAUGCUGUGGAGACCAGCUUUGCAUUUGGGGUGAGUGCAAGAAAGCCACUUCAAAAGGAGAGAAUGGCACCAUUUGUGAGACCCAACAAGACUGCAACCCAGGAAUGUGCUGUGCUUUUCAGAAAGAACUGCUAUUUCCUGUGUGCACUCCAUUACCUGAAGAAGGUGAACCUUGCCAUGAUCCUUCAAAUAGACUUCUCAACCUGAUCACCUGGGAACUGGAACCUGAUGGAGUACUUGAGCAAUGUCCAUGUGCAAGUGGCUUGAUCUGCCAACCUCACAGCCACGGUACUACAUCUGUGUGUGAACUGUCCUCCAAUGAAACCAGAAAUAAUGAAAAAGAAGAUCCCUUAAUCAUGGAUAAGAUGCCAUUUCUGAGUUUGAUACCCAGAGAUAUCCUUUCUGAUUACGAAGAGAGCAGUGUCAUUCAGGAAGAAAUAUGAUAGGUGAAGCUGCAACAUACAGAUUUUACCUGCCACCGCCACACACAUCUUGGGAGGAAGGAUGGAAAGAAAGGCUGCUUACCUUUUUAGAUGAAUAUACCUACAUCUUUUCAGCUGUGUACAAUGGAAGUCAUCCAUUUUGCAGUAAACUUCAGUAUGACUGAAAAAUGGUGUUCCAUAGCUACCGAGUAUCCCUUGAGUUUUGUACUUCCAUAGGGAAGUAUGAUCCCACUGCAUUAGAAAAAGUCUACAUUUUUCCAUAUAAGUAACUAAUGGUGUGUACUUAUAUGCACACAAGAACAAAUCGCUUUCUGUAUAGGAGCUUUCAACUUGACUGCUCAGGGCUUUAUCUCUCAGGGGCAAAAUCUAUUAUUUAAAAUUGCAGAACAAACAGCUAAAUGGGCUGAAUACAAGGAAUAUAGAUUCUCUGUUAUACACUGAAUAUAUAAAUAUCAAUAUAUAGAAGAAUAGCUCAGUUGUAGUUACAAGGCUAUUCCUAAGCUAGAGCUAAAUACAGUGCCAUGUAUGGCAGCUUUCUGCACUAUGAACACACCCUUCUUGCGUAAGAUCAAUUAAGGGUUCUGUAGACUACACUCUGUUAUCACUUAGUCUUCUUGAGAGAUAAAGGCAGCAAACAAACUGAUUACUCUGAGCAGCGAGUCAACCUAAAUUGUUUCUUGUUCACGUUCAGAGAUUUAUACUUCUCCCACUUGACUAUCUACAUUCAGAGAAGAUUCUUAAAGUGGUUCAUGCUUUUAAUACACUUCAUAGGUAUUAUAAUCUGUGUGUAACAAAAUAUGAAUAUCAUCAUUACCAUUUCAACAGGUCAUUGAUUUAAGAAAUCAAUAUCAAGCUAAGAGCAAAGUCUGAUCCAUCAAACUCCCUGGCUCCCAGCUAUCUCAGCCAUUUGCUACGAUGGCUUUUACACUGUUAAUGAUUUUUGGAGGUAUAGAUUUCACUAUUAUUGGACAUGUUGAAGGAUGUCAUGAGGCUCCAGACAAAUAAUUUUUCAUGGAGCUUCUUCCCAAAUAUCAUCCCCUACUGCUUAAGUCUAAUCUGA